GAUCUCGCUGAGGGACCACUCGCCGAGGAGAGUGAGCUGGGAGGUGCGGCGGCAAUGCUGGGGAGUCGCGGCGGCAGAAUCCAGUGUCGUGCGGCCAUGUUGGGGAUGCACGGCGGUCGGACUUACCCAUCCCCGCCGACCUUCUACACCGGCACCGCCGUCCAACGCCGCCGAUCACUAUCUAGAACCGUCGACUCCGCUAUUCCCGACUUCUCCAGCGGCCGCCACUCCGGCAAAGGCCACUCCACUCGCCGGAAACUGCAUUAUAUUCCUUACCUUCUCCAAUCAAAGCCGCUGUCGGGAACUGCAUCUGCUCCUCCGCCCGCCGCCUCCAAAACUCUGGUUACUUCUCCGAUCAACGCCGCCCUCAGCCCUCUCCAUCCAGUCAGAUCCGCGUCAAAAUCGAAACUCCAGCCGCAGUCCAAAUUACAGCCGAGCACAUCCGAUAUCGAGGAUUUGGAGACAAAAAAUCGACCGCCCACGAAGAAACCCACUGCGUCGUCGAGCUCGGCCGUUAGCCCCCGCCGGACCACCGUGCAGAUGCUCGUCGUCACCUCACUCGGCCAGAGUCCGACGCCAUAUCUAGCGACGACCUCACAAACUCCUUUAAUUAAUGUGUAUGGUCAGCCCCUCCGAAAGAGCGAGCCCCCGCCCGCCGGCUCCUAA